AUGUACAUGGCCUCCCUCGGCCUUCUCGGCCUUCUCGGCCUUCUCGGCUUUUUGUUUACACCAAUGGCCCAGGCCCACGGCGGCCUCGCCAACUACACCGUCGGCGACCCGCCGGUCUGGUACCGCGGCUACGACCCAGACGAAAAUGCGGCCGAGCAGGACGGGCAGCCCUGGAUGGUCCAGCGCAAGUGGGCGUCCAUCGACCCCAUCUUCAGUGUCGCCGACCCGUUUUUGGCGUGCAACAAGCCCGGCACGCCCGGCCCCGCGUACAUUCCCGUGGCGGCGGGCCAGAACCUGACGGCUGUCUACUGGUACUGGCUGCACCCGGUCGGACCCAUGUCGGCGUGGCUGGCGGCCUGUCCGCCGCUGGACGAGGGCGGCUGUGUGGGCGUCGACGUCAAUGCGCUGCGCUGGUUCAAGAUCUGGGAGGCCGGGCUGCUGGCCGGGACCGGCAACCUGGCCGAGGGCAUCUGGUACCAAAAGCAGUUCCAACGCUGGGACGGUUCCCCGGACCUGUGGCCGGUGACGAUCCCGGCGUCCUUGCAGGCCGGCCUCUACGUGGUGCGCCACGAGAUUGUGAGCAUUCACAUUGCGAACCGGCCACAGUUCUACCCGGAGUGCGCGCACCUCAACGUCACCGGCGGCGGGACGGAGCUGCCGCCGACGUCCUUUUACAAGACAUUUCCAGGAGCGUACAGUGUCGAUGAUCCAUCGCUGAAUAUCGACAUUUACUCGGACGCAAUGCGCAACACAUAUGUACGUUUUGGCCCAGAAGCAAGGUUGUCUGAGGGGAUGCUCGAAGAGACACUGACAACGCAGAAUUACACCAUCCCUGGAGGACCAGUAUGGACAGGGUGA